GUUAUUAUCUGAAAAAGAAAAUAAUAAUUUAUGGAAAAACACCUUAAAAAAGGGGCCUUUGGCGUUUGGUUUUCCUCCACCGUACUGGUUUCUGUUUGGAGUGUAAAUCUAUAAAUCUCCGCAGUAGAACCCUAAAGAUUUGAUGACACACUUUCUCAAUCUCUUUUUCUUCUCGAAAUCGACAUCGAAAUUUAGCUGAUUUUUUUCUCUCUAGGGCUUCGGAUUUUGAAUUUGGAUUUAAGAAUUUGGGGGAAAUUGAGGGAACAGCACAAGGGGCCUAAUGGAGGGAAUAUUGUCUGCGACUGAUAAGCAGAGAAUGGUCUCCUCCUUCCUCGAGAUCGCCGUUGGUCAAACUGCCGAAACCGCCACGCAGUUUUUGCAAGCUACAAGUUGGAAGCUGGAUGAAGCUAUUCAGCUGUUUUAUGUGGGUAAUGAAGGUGGUGUGGUUGCAUCAUCAUCAGAGUCUCCAGCACUGGAAAAUGUGGAUUCUUGGGCCAGUCAAAAUUCUGGUGAGUUAAACGAACCUGCAAAUGAUAAUGUUGGAUCCACUGGUGGAGAUGAAGUACGCCCUCCUAUACCUGUGGUAAGGGAGACACUUUAUGAUGAUGGAAUGCUAUAUGGGACAUCAAGGUUGGGAUAUCCUCCCCAACAGUUGAGUUCAUUAGUUGCAUUCCGUAAUUUUGAUGAGGAAAUGAAGCGCCCCGGGGUUUGGGAAUCAGAUGAAGGUGCUUCUUCCAAAGUAGAUGCUUCUCGAGACAAUCUUGCCUCUUUAUAUCGUCCUCCCUUUCAUUUAAUGUUUCAAGGACCAUUUGAAAAGGCAAAAGCUGCUGCAUCUCUUGAGGACAAGUGGGUCCUUGUGAACUUGCAAUCCACGAAGGAGUUCAGCUCACAUAUGCUUAAUCGAGAUACAUGGGGAAAUGAAGCAGUUUCUCAAACCAUUAAAACCAACUUUAUUUUCUGGCAGGUGUAUGAUGAUUCAAGUGAGGGCAGGAAAGUUUGCACCUAUUACAAACUAGAUUCGAUUCCAGUAGUGCUCGUUAUUGACCCAAUCACAGGACAGAAAAUGCGCUCCUGGUGUGGAAUGGUUCAACCAGAGAGUUUGCUGGAGGACCUGGUUCAAUUCAUGGAUGGUGGCCCAAGGGAUUAUCAUGCAACUCUGUCUCAUAAACGUCCAAGAGGAAGCUCAGUUACUCCACAACAAAAAGUUAAAGUGUCAACAGAUGAAACUAUCGAAGAUGAGGAAAUGCUAAGAGCAGUAGCAGCUUCUAUGGAGAACGUGAAAGACUUUAGUAAAACAGCCUCAGAUGAUAAAGUUUUAUCCAAUAUUGACAAGGAGGAACCAUGCUCAACUAAGAAGCCUAUAUAUCCACCUUUGCCUGAAGAACCUAAGGGUGAUAGGAGCCUCCUAUGUAGGGUUGGAGUCCGUCUUCCUGAUGGACGUAGGGUGCAGAGAAAUUUUCUCCGUACUGAGUCAAUACAGCUACUGUGGUCGUUCUGCUGUGCUCAACUUGGUGAAGCUGAAUCAAAGCCAUUUCGCUUGACCCAGCCGAUUCCAGGAGCUUCAAAAUCUCUGGAUUAUGAUAGUAAAUUAACGUUUGAGGAGUCGGGGCUCGCCAAUUCUAUGGUCUCGGUUGCAUGGGAAUGAAUAUUGCGAAGCUGGCACUGGUUUUUAAGUUUCUUCAACCAAUGUAGCGUUGAAGGUUUUGGUUUACCAACUCUUAUAUCCCUGUUUGUUGAUUUUUGUUGCUCUUCAAGGAGUUUAAUUAUGAGGAUGGGGGGCGAAGGAACCAUUAACUUUAUGAUGUACAUACUCAGUACUCUUAUGUCUUCAAUACUAUUGCAGUUUCUUUAUUUAUUUUAA